AUGAGUGCAACUUCUCAACAAAAUAUCGAAACCGUCCGAAACUCAGCAUCCAUAUACACCACACCCACCUUACAGGAAAGUUAUUUCACGCACCAAACCAGGCUAUCCCCAGAGUCAUUCCAUCACUUACAGACGCACACCGUAGUCCAGGACAUCAACCAAGGAUGGAACUCCGAGAACUUUCUCACACCGCGAAUACCCGUUGUAAUCGACACCGUUAGCGACAAACCCCAAUUCGACCUCUUGGGAGUUCCUCGUUGUAUCCAUCUACCCAUCAAGAUGGCACAUUCUGACAUCCGCGUUCCUAACAAUUAUUUGCAGUUCCGCGAGACGCUUGAAAAGAUCUUUGAUGCGGAAAUGGCGAUUAAUUCUGCUUAUGAGAAAUACUAUGCUUACUUGACCGUGGAUCAGCUACACAUACGUGCUGGACAGUCCCAGCGUGUUAGCGGUUUGCAUGUCGAUGGAUUACCUCGAGAUAGAACGCACCCCGAAAAACACCCCAUUGAUCACGCGUACCUAGUAGCCAACACAUUGCCCUCCCGAUUUUUUGCUCAUCCUUUCGAUAUGCGUCCUUACGAUUUGCAAACACAUCAUUUCUAUAACAUUUUCGAGCGUUUGGGCGAUAUCAAGAAAUCUUUUCAGGCACAACCUUAUGAGAUUAAUCUGAUGAAUGCGUAUAGUGUUCAUGAUUCACCUGUAGCGGAUAGGGAUUAUAUGCGCACGAUUGUGCGUGUUGAAUUCUCGGUGCUGCAAUUUGAUCGGGUGGGAAAUUCUCAUAAUCCUUGUUUUGAGUAUCGAUGGGAUAUGAUACCACGACCAAUUCCGGAACGUUUGUAUGAUCCUGAUUAUCAGAUAUUGCAAGCUAAAGGGUGCUCAGAUACCGGUGGUCGUUUUGAUGGGGGACGUCGUCUUGGACCGAGGGGGUUUUUCCGUUCCGCGCCUUUUAAGACUAGUUCCCCUUAG